AUGCGUGUCCCUUUGGUGUACGAUGUGGGGAACCCUGGUGCUUCUGUAGCUGCAGCAAAGUGCUCUGCAAAAGGAACGAGAUGGAACUAUGAAUGUGCAAAGAAAGGAUGGCCCCAGAAAGGAGUCAGCACUCUGCCAGAAAUAAGGAUUUUAGGAACAAAACUGCAGUCAAGUGUCUCUUCCUUGCGUGUCUUGGCCAGUCAUCCCAGUUGCUUGGGUGAAAAUGUCUUCUUUGUCAUGACGAACCUGAUUGUGACCCCAAACCAGAAGCAAGCUACGUGUCCUGAGGUAGGUGCAAGAACUGAGCCCCUUGAUCCCCACAGCCCUCAGAGCAGUGGAAGUGAGAGCAUUCCUGAUGCCGUGUGCUUUGCCGAUGGGGACUGCCCCGCGGGGGAAGCAGUGGUGGCUGGCAAUGGGGUUAAGACUGGCCGUUGUUUGAAAGACAGGGACAACGUCACAGGGACUUGUGAGAUAUUGGCCUGGUGCCCUGUGGAGAAAAGAUACAAGCCCAAGAAACCUCUUCUCGGCAGUGCAGAGAACUUCACCAUCUACAUCAAGAACUCAAUCCGCUUCCCCAAGUUCAAGUUCUCCAAGAUGAAUGUGCUGGCAACCAGCAAUGCGUCUUACCUGAAAACCUGCCGCUACAGCACAGAGCAUCCCUAUUGCCCCAUCUUCCUCCUGGGAAGCAUUGUCAGAUGGGCCGGGAGCAACUUCCAGGAAAUGGCCUUGGAGGGUGGUGUGAUAGGAGUUCAGAUUGAAUGGAACUGUGAUCUUGAUAAAGCCCCUUCUGAAUGUAAUCCUCACUAUUCUUUUAGCCGGCUGGAUAACAAGUUUGCAGAAAAAUCCAUCUCUUCUGGGUACAACUUCAGGUUUGCCAAGUACUACCAGGAUGCUAAUGGGGUUGACUACCGGACGCUCAUUAAAGCCUAUGGAAUCCGCUUUGACGUGAUGGUGAAUGGCAAGGCAGGUAAAUUUAACAUCAUUCCCACCAUUAUCAAUAUUGGUUCAGGGCUCGCUCUCAUGGGAGCGGGAGCUUUUUUCUGUGACCUGGUGCUGCUGUACCUCAUUAAAAAGAGUAACUUUUACCGAGGCAAAAAGUAUGAGGAAGUAAAGUCCACUUCGAGGAAAUCAUUGAAUAGCCCUACCCAUAAUGGGAAUCAGAGCCCAGAGCAGCUGGGUGGACUCUAG